AUGAGUUCUUCCUACAAAGAUGAGGCUCGCGUGCCUCUUCGCGCAGGACGUAGCUCUACCGACUCCGGCCGACCAUCCCUUGACUCCGAUGAUACCGACUCGACAACCUCCCUUGUCCUCGAACGAAUCAACCCGUCCGAUGAUGUCGGACCUCGUCGUCGUCAGCCGGAUAACGGGGAUUUCGCUCCCUACGAUCUCAAUGAUGCCGAACGCGCCUUUGAAAAACGUGAUAAGCCGAUGGAAGGGCGGAUACGCAGGAUGAUUUGGAUUCUGGCUGCCGUGCUUAUCGGGAGUUGGUUGUUGGCUAUGGCUAUAUACAUCAUUCGCGAUUGGAAAACCACCGGCUCGCCUGGUGAUCCGGAACAGAGCAAAACUACCAAAGCUGGCAAGAAGGUCUCGUUAAGCAUGGUUAUGUCCGGUCAGUUCUCGGCGAGACAUCAAAGUAUCAAAUGGAUUGCUUCGCCGGAUGAAGAAAAGGACGGGUUGAUGCUUGAAGAAAGGGCAGAAGAUGGGUUCUUGGUCGUUAAGGAUGUGAAGGAUAAGGCUUAUAAGAAAGUUCUGAUGGAGACCGACGCUCUUCCACUCCCCAGCAGUUUCGGAGGCGGCACUAAAUAUGCUUCAAAGGUGUGGCCGAGCCCGGAUUUGAAGCAGGUUUUAGCUGCUGCGGAUUACUCUUCGAACUUUAGACAUUCGUACUAUGCGACAUACUUUAUCUACGAUGUCGAAACCAAGACGACCGUCCCGUUGUAUCCUAAGGAUUCGGAGGCAAUGAUCCAAUUGGCCAUUUGGGCUCCUUCUAGCGGAGGGAUAGUGUUUGUUUUGGAUAACAACCUGUUCUUGCGAAAGCUGCCAGGUGAUGAAAUCGUCCAAAUCACCAAGGACGGCGGUACAGAAUACUUCUACGGCGUCCCCGACUGGGUUUAUGAAGAGGAAGUUUUUGGUGGUAACAGUGCAACCUGGUGGAGUCUUGACUCAAAAUUCAUCGCUUUCUUACGAACGAACGAGACCCAGGUCCCAGAAUACCCAGUUCAAUACUUCGUCUCUCGACCUUCUGGAGACACUCCAAAAGCCGGAUUGGAAAAGUAUCCCGAAGAACGAAGAAUCAAAUACCCUAAAGCCGGUGCUCCUAACCCAACCGUUGAUAUUCUCUUUUACGAUCUUGAGAAAGACGAAGCUUUCACAGUUGCAAUUGAGAAUGACUUCACCGACCUCGAAAGGUUAAUCACCGAGGUCACUUGGGCUGGAAACAACAAUGUUCUCGUCAGGGAAACCAACCGUGAGAGCGAUAUUCUCAAGAUGGUUCUCAUCGAUGUGGGUACCCGUAAAGGCAGGAUUGUUCGCGAAGUCGAUAUCAAUGCUAUCGAUGGCGGUUGGCUCGAAGUUUCUCAACAUACGACUUACAUCCCAGCUGAACCAGAGUUCGGCAGAGCCAAUGAUGGAUAUAUUGACACUGUUGUCCACGAGGGAUAUGAUCAUUUGGCAUAUUUUACACCACUCGAUCAAACUGAGCCUAUCCUUCUUACCAAGGGUAAUUGGGAAGUUAUUGAUGCGCCAUCAGCCAUCAGUUUGGAAAACCAGAAGGUCUACUUCACUUCUUCUCAGAAGUCUUCGAUCGAACGACACAUCUACAGCGUUAAGCUUGAUGGUUCUGAGCUCACUCCAUUGACCAACGCAUCGAGUGAUGGCUUUUAUUCUGCCUCGUUCAGCAGCAAGGCCCGCUACGCCUUGCUCUCAUACAACGGCCCCGGAAUUCCAUGGCAAAAGGUUAUCGAAACAGACCCUAAAUCUUCAUACGAGGAGGUCAUUCAAACCAAUGAUAACCUCAAGGAUCUUGUUUCCCAAUACGAGCUACCCACAAAACAUUACUCUACUGUUAACAUUGAUGGUUUUGAUCUUAACGUCGUGGAACGACGUCCGCCACACUUCAACCCGAAGCUCAAGUACCCUGUCCUCUUCCAGGUUUACGGUGGUCCAGGCAGCCAGCAAGUCAGUAAGGAAUAUAAAGUUGAUUUCCAGUCUUACAUCGCUGCUACAUUGAACUACAUCGUCGUCACUGUUGAUGGCCGUGGUACUGGGUAUAUCGGACGAAAAGCCCGAGUCAUUGUUCGCGGAGACCUUGGGAAAUGGGAAUCGCACGAUCAAAUCGAAACCGCAAAGAUUUGGGCAAAGAAGAAGUAUACCGACGAAAGCCGUUUCGCAAUCUGGGGUUGGAGUUAUGGUGGUUUUAUGACACUCAAGACUCUCGAACAAGAUGGAGGCAAGACCUUCCAGUAUGGUAUGGCGGUUGCGCCGGUUACGGAUUGGAGUUUCUACGACUCGAUCUAUACUGAGAGAUACAUGCACACUCCACAACAUAAUGCCAAGGGCUACGAAAGUAGCGCUAUCAACAAGGUCGACUCGUUGGGCAAGAGCGUCAGGUUCCUCUUGAUGCAUGGAGUGGCGGACGACAAUGUGCAUUUCCAGAAUUCCUUGACCUUGUUGGAUAAGUUGGAUCUUGCGGGUAUUGAGAACUACGAUGUGCAUGUAUUCCCUGAUUCAGACCAUUCGAUUUAUUUCCAUAAUGCGAAUAAGAUUGUAUAUGAUAAGCUAGCAACAUGGCUGCUUAAGGCAUUCAAUAAGGAGUAUUUGAAGCACAACGAUGAGCCUAUCCCAUUGGAGAAGGAGGUGACGGAUAAGCUAGAGAAGAGGGGGUGGAGAGAAAGAGCCGUCUUUGUUGAUGUAUAA